GGGAAAAUUUGCAGUGGUGAGAAAAUGCAUAAAGAAAGAUUCGGGGAAAGAAUUUGCAGCAAAGUUCAUGAGAAAAAGAAGAAAAGGCCAAGAUUGUCGGAUGGAAAUAAUUCAUGAGAUUGCUGUACUUGAACUGGCGCAGGACAAUCCGUGGGUCGUUAAUUUAUAUGAAGUUUAUGAGACCCCAUCGGAAAUGAUCCUAGUCCUGGAAUAUGCCGCUGGAGGGGAAAUCUUCGACCAGUGUGUUGCAGAGAGAGAAGAUGCCUUUACAGAAAAAGAUGUCCAAAGACUCAUGCGACAGAUUUUAGAAGGCGUUCACUUUUUACACACUCAUGAUGUAGUUCAUCUUGACUUGAAGCCUCAGAAUAUUCUGCUGACAAGUGAAUCUCCGUUGGGUGACAUCAAGAUCGUUGAUUUUGGCCUUUCAAGAAUAAUGAAGAACAGUGAAGAGCUCCGAGAAAUCAUGGGUACUCCUGAAUAUGUGGCUCCUGAGAUCCUUAGUUACGAUCCUAUCAGCAUGGCAACAGAUAUGUGGAGCAUUGGAGUGUUAACGUAUGUCAUGCUUACCGGAAUAUCACCUUUCUUAGGUGAUAGUAAACAAGAAACAUUCUUGAAUAUCUCACAGAUGAAUUUAAGUUAUUCUGAGGAGGAAUUUGAUGCUGUGUCCGAGUCAGCUGUUGACUUCAUCAAGACACUGUUGGUUAAGAAACCCGAAGAUCGAGCCACUGCCGAAGAAUGUCUCAAACACCCAUGGCUGACUCAGAGCAGUGUUCAGGAUCCUCUUUUCAGGAUGAAAGUGGCAUUAGAAGAAACAAACGCCCUCCAAGAAAAUGGUUCUGAGAAAACAGAAAAUGAUGCGGAGAGAACAGAAACCGAGGAAUCAGUUGUAACAGAGGAGUUAAUUGUAGUUACUUCCUAUACCCUAGGACAAUGCAGACAAUCUGAAAAAGAGAAAAUCGAGCAAAAGGCCAUUUCCAAACGAUUCAAAUUUGAGGAACCUUUGUUACAAGAAAUUCCAGGAGAAUUUAUCUACUGAGCAGUGUUUCCCGUUAGGACUUUAAGAUUUCUACAUUAAAAAUGUUAAUAUUAUUUAUGGACCUCUGGCCAAAUGGUGCAUGCACUGGAAAUGAGUAAGCAGGUAUCACCAAUAGGAACAAGAAUAACUUGGUCAAACUUGUGCAGUUAGUAAGUCAGCCAGAUUUAUGAAGUUGCACACCAGGAGGUUCACCUGGUAAAUAUGUCAGUGUUUUGAAUUUUUUUUAAGAAGGGAGAUGUUUGCACCUUCUAGUCCUGCAUCCUUUUUCUCCAGAAUGAGACUGUGUGCAAAGAUAUUUAUACUCAUGUUCUUUGAAAAUAGAAAUAAAAGUGCCAAAAUUGUAUCUCUGUAAAUCUCUUGCAUUUCUUGUAUGUAUAUCCGUAUGCUGAUAUCUUUACUAAAAUUGAUACUUUUUUUUACUUUGGAUGGUCUUUUAUUGGGGGCAAAAUUUUAAUUUAAGUAGACAUCUGAACUUUUGAUACCUAGAAUAACAUUCAUUAUAAUUUGACAAGUCUUAUUUUUAUAUUUUAUUACUGCUUUAUAUUGAUUUGAUUUGGCUUCUGUUGUCUGUUUUUG